CUCUUGACCAACCGGGUUCAGGUCAGGCUAAAAAAUGGGCAUGGGGAUCCUACCUUGACGUACGCGAACCUUCUUCUCGUCCGCACGAUAUCUGGUUUCUAGAGCUCAGCAACAUGUCUCUGUCCAUCCUCGAGAACCUAAAAGCCGACCUCCCACCUGCUUCUGUUCCGGAAGAUGUCGACGUAGAGAAUCUAUGUGCGGGGUUCUGCAAGACGUUGUCUUCUCUCAAUGCAGACCACUUCACGCCUGAUGCAAUAUGGCGCGACAUGUUUGCAUUGACAGGAAGCAGUCGCACAUUCUAUGGCGCCGACAACAUCAUUCAGACAUGGCGAUCAUUAAUACAAUGCGCACUACCUGAAAGCAUUACCUAUCUGAAGCAGUCGGCGCGCAAGAUCGAUCUUGGAGAAUCCAACUGGAUUGAGGGCACCUUCACCUUUGAAAUUGACGAGGCGCCUGCCAGAAAAUGUACUGCGGCCCUGUCCAUAGUCCCAGCUGAUGACGGGAGAUGGAAGAUCUGGGUGCUUCGCACAUUUCUGGAUAAAUUACAGAACCACUCUAGCGUGGAUAAGAUGGCCCCUGCUAGUCAAAUGAAUGGCGAUUCGAAACAUCUUGAGCUACAACAUGACCGAAAAGAUACCUUCGAGUGUGUUGUCGUUGGAGGUGGGCAGGCAGGACUGAGUGUGGCAGGCAGACUUCAAUCACAGGGCAUUGACUACAUCUUGCUUGAGAAGAACGAAGCAGUUGGCGACAGUUGGAAGAAGAGAUACAGAUCAACCAAGUUACACACCAACAGAGAAUCCUCACACCUGCCAUUCAAUAGAACCUUUCCCUCACACUAUCCCCAAUACCUUGGCAAAGAUGAUCUCGCUCGAGGUUACUCGGAUUGGGCACAAUACUAUGGUAUCAGUGUCUGGCUUUCGACCACCUUGGUUUCUGGACAAUGGCACGAGGACACCAGGAAAUGGACAUUGGUGCUGUUAAAAGGUGGUGAGACGAGAAAUAUCACUACGACACAUGUGGUUCUCGCAAUUGGUGCUGGCUGCCAAAUACCGAUGAUGCCAACCUAUCCAGGAAUAGAGACAUUCAGAGGCGAGAUUCAGCACUCGGCGGAGUACUACUCCGCCGACAAAUGGAAGGGCAAGCAUGGGGUUGUUGUCGGUACAGCCAACACAGCUCACGAUGUUGCAGAAGAUAUGGUAGCAGCGGGAAUGGUCUCCGUGACCAUGAUUCAACGCUCCCCUACCUAUGUUCUUCCAGCCGAGUACUACGAAAAAGUUCAAGAGCUCUCAUGGAAUGCAGAUGUCCCGACAGAGAUCGCUGAUCAAGAGAUGCUCACUGUUCCCCUUGCUGUCAGUAGACUUAUCAGCAUGUUGGUCCUGCAUGGAAUGGCAAGGGCCGAACCGGAAAGAUUCGACGCUUUGGAGAAGGCAGGAUUCAAGACGGUUAGAUAUGGUGACAUUAUAUAUCAGGUGUUUGAUCGAUUUGGUGGUCACUAUAUGGAUGUUGGUGCGUCUGCAAAGAUUGCGAAGGGCUUGAUCAAAGUCAAAUCUGAUGCCCUACCGGUCCAUUAUACCACAGACGGCCUUAGGUUCAGCGACGGAAGCGAGUUGAAAGCUGAUGCAAUUGUAUUUGCAACCGGAUUCGUAGGGACCAUGAAGGACACAAUACGUGAGCUGCUUGGCUCCGAUGUCGCAGACCGUGUUGAAGAUUUCUGGGGUGUUAACGAAGAAGGCGAGGUGAAGGGAGCAUUCAAGCCUUGCGGACACUCUAACUUGUGGAUGCAUGGCGGGACCACAACACAUGCGAGGUACAUGUCGAGAUAUGUUGCUUUGCAGAUUCGUGCCGCGCUAGAUGGGACACCGCUGCCAAUCCUGUCUUGAUGCGUGUGUGCCGAUCUUCAAGCGGG